AUGGCGAGGCUGGUGUCACUAUGGCAGAGGACGAGAGACUACGUGAAGACCAAGGAGUUCCGGGACUACAUUACCAGCACGCACUUCUGGGGUCCUGUGGCCAACUGGGGCAUUCCGCUGGCUGCCCUUAAAGACAUGAAGGCGCCGCCGGACAUCAUCAGCGGCCGCAUGACCACAGCGCUUAUCUGCUACUCCCUGGUCUUCAUGCGCUUCGCCUACCGUGUACGGCCUCGGAACCUGCUGCUGAUGGCGUGUCACGGCACCAACGUGAUGAUGCAGAGCAUUCAGGCGAGCCGCUACCUAGCCUACUACUAUGGUGGCGGCUCUGCCCCUGCUACCGCCACGGAGGCCAGCGCGCCUGCACCUGCCGCCGCCGCGGAGGCCUGCGCGCCUGCACCUGCCGCCGCCGCGGAGGCCUGCGCGCCUGCACCUGCCGCCGCCGCGGAGGCCUGCGCGCCUGCACCUGCCGCCGCCGCGGAGGCCUGCGCUCCUGUACCUGCCGCGGACGCCUGCGACCCUCCCCCUGCCAUCUCCUGCUAG